AAGAGAUCAAACGAUGGCCAUAGUGGUGACAGGGUUCCAGGUGUGGAGCCGAACCAUAAGCUACCCCUCUCUCCUUAGACACCCUCGCGAAUUUUACAACAGAACCUCGAAUUCUAUUACAGAACCUCCGCGAUCCCCAUCCUCGAUCUCUUUCUCGCUUCUGUUUCACUCACAGAUAACUAAUUGAUUCGAUCUCUUCCAGUUUUUUAUUCUUGAUUGAUUCUCUUCCGUUUUAGAAUGAAAAAGAGAGCUAGAACCACCCCCGACAAGGCGGUUCUUAAUGUUUUGCAACGGGAGGUUGGUGACCUCUCCACCCGGAAUUUUGCUCACCGUCUCGCUGCUUCUGAGGAUCUUGUACUGCGACUUGAUCUAUACAAGAAGCUAGACAAGCACAGGGGUUGUGUAAAUACUGUUAGCUUCAAUACUGAUGGAGACAUUCUGGUGUCAGGUUCUGAUGACAGACGGGUUAUACUCUGGGACUGGGAAACUGGGCGUAUCAAGCUUUCUUUCCAUUCUGGUCAUAAUAACAAUGUUUUUCAAGCCAAAAUUAUGCCUUACACAGAUGAUCGAAGCAUUGUUACUUGUGCAGCAGAUGGUCAGGUUCGACAUGCUCAAAUUCUGGAGCGUGGAGCUGUGGAAACUGCAUUGCUAGCAAAACACCAAGGGCGAGCUCAUAAGCUGGCUAUUGAGCCUGGUAGCCCUCAUAUAUUUUAUACUUGUGGCGAGGAUGGAUUGGUUCAACAUUUUGAUUUGAGAACUAGGCGUGCCACAGAACUUUUCACUUGCCAACCAACUGUUGAUAGGAGUAAUUACAUGUCAGUUGUCCAUCUAAAUGCAAUUGCAAUUGAUCCAAGGAACCCAAAUCUCUUUGCUGUUGCUGGGUCAGAUGAGUAUGCUCGAGUUUAUGAUAUCCGCAUGUACAAAUGGGAUGGGUCAACUGAAUUUGGUCGACCUACGGAUUUCUUUUGUCCUCCACAUUUGAUUGGUGAUGAGAAAGUUGGAAUAACAGGCUUGUCGUUCUCAGACCAGAGUGAGCUUCUAGUCUCAUAUAAUGAUGAGUUCAUCUAUCUUUUCACACAAGACAUGGGAUUGGGUCCCAAUCCAGACCCAUCCUCUCCAGUUUCCGCUGGCAGUGAUACGAAAGAUUUGGAGCCCAUGGAUGCUGAUGAAAAAAAUGCGCCCCAAGUAUACAAAGGGCACAGUAACCGUGAGACUGUGAAAGGGGUAAGCUUCUUUGGGCCUGGAUGCGAGUAUGUGGCGAGCGGGUCAGACUGUGGUCGGAUAUUCAUUUGGAAGAAAAAGGGAGGAACGCUCAUUCGUGUAAUGGAAGCUGAUAAGCAUGUGGUCAACUGUAUUGAGCCUCAUCCUAGUACAACUGCUCUUGCUAGUAGUGGAAUUGAGACUGAUAUAAAGAUUUGGACUCCCAAAGCCUUUGAGAGAGCAACUCUGCCUGCAAACAUUGAACAGAAACCGAAGGGCAGAGGUUGGAUGUUCCCUGUAGUUUCACCACAAGACCUGAUGUUGCAACUGUUUUCAUUGCGAAGGCGGAGAACUAGCUCAGAGCAGAAUGAAGAGAGCUCAGCUGCUAGUAGGGAACUUUUAGAGCUUAUAUUGACAUUCAAUGCCAGUGCAGAUUCAGAUGAUGGAGGUGAUUCAAUAAGUCGUGAAGACUUGUUUGGCUAGGAGAUGAUUGUCUCUGCCUUUGGCCUAUAACAGCCGUAGUAAUUGUACAUAAGUUAGGUUUUUAAAUCAAACUACUAUGUGGAGUCUCAAAUUUUAAUGCCUAAGUGGCUAUUUUACUUGUGUUGUUUCUCAUUCAUUAAUGCAUAUUUACUCCUUUCGUGUAGUCAAUAAUACGUUCUCACUCAUUCAUCAA